AUGUCUCGCUACUUUACCAGGUCCAGUGUUCGCUCAACUGUCAACACAGGUGACGAAAUCCUCGACCUAAGCCUCGACACAAGCCUCGAAAACGAGUCUAUAUCGUCAAUAAAUCCUGUCACUCUGCGUAACCAGCAAGAGUCGCCUCUUCUUCAGCUCCCCGGUGAGCUGCGCAACAAGAUAUAUGAAUACAUUUUCAACCCUCUCGCUAUCGAGUGCAACAGAUGGACCGUCUUUGCAGGCAGUAUGGACAGCGAACGCCCAUGGAACCGGUUCCUGCCUAGUGAAAUGAGGGAAGAGGAGUGGCAGAACGGAUUGUGGGCCAGCGGCAGCUACAAAUCCAAGCCCAACAGCGACAAUUUCAGGAACAGACUCCCGAUAAUGUCGCAACUGUUCAUGUCUCGAGUUUUCCAUCAGAUACAUGCGGAGACAGUUCAACUUAUCAUUCCCAAGGCGGUUUUCUAUUUCACUGACUCCUUUGCGUUCCGUAUUUUGCAGCGCGCAACCACAAAAGCCCUGAACGCUGCGAUCGCUGCUGUUCGACUGUCUUUGAGUGAUGCGAAGAUGAUCGGGUUGAGGUAUAAGUUUCCAGAAGUCCGUCAGCCUUGGAUUCCCCACUUCGGACUCGAUAAGCUUAAAGGCCUGGAGCGUAUUCUUCUUGAGGAUUUUGAGUGGGCCAAUUCUGAGAUUGACAAGGAAUGGGUUCGUGGUGGCAUCAGAAUCUGCAAUGGUGGGGAUCGGGAUAUUGACACUGUUUUCGGCGGAGACUGA